AUGUCUCAAACAUUUGAUCUCGUCGUGUAUGGCUCUACGUCGGGUGCGGUAGCUACAGCUAUACAAGCUGUCCGACUGGGCCGUUCUGUUGCUCUUAUCUCACCGCAGAAGCAUAUUGGUGGCAUCCAAAUCAACGGACUUGGGGCUACUGACAUCGAUAACCAAGUCGAGUUCCAAAACAGUACUACUGUUGGCGGUCUUAGCCUAGAGUUACACCAGAGAAUCAGCAAAGUUUACAACAGAGUUGAAAGAUUGAACGAGGUUGUUAGCAAACGAAUUAAAGAUCCAGAGAUCUGGCGCUUCGAAUCGAGAGUAGCAGAACAAGUCAUUUCCAAUUGGCUGGCCGAGUAUCCAAAAAUCACCAUUAUCAAGUCGCCCUUGGCCGAGUCAGACGAUGCAGUGCAACGCUCAGGUAGUCAGAUCCAAGCUGUCCGCCUUGAAAAUGGCGACUUGAUAUCUGGUAGAAUAUUUGUUGAGGCAACUUACGAAGGCGAUCUCCUCGCUUCAGCAGGUAUAACCUGGACGCGAGGCCGCGAAGCGUCAUCUGCCUACCAUGAGUCCCUUGCUGGGGUCCGCCACGAAACCCUCUAUCGACAGAUCGAUGUUGACGUAGACCCCUACAACAAGCCGGGUGACCCUUCAAGCGGACUCGUCUAUGGUGUUUCGGACGAGCCAUUUGGCGAACCAGGCGCAGGCGACUUGCACCUCCAAUCCUAUUCAUACCGGCUUCCCUUGACAGAUGAUCCCGACAACCGAGUACCGUUUGAGAAACCAGAUGGCUAUGAUGCGGCGCAUUAUGAACUGCAUCGGCGCUACCUGGCAGCAGGGGGUGAGUUCUAUAUGCCGCGUAAAAGAUUACCGGGUGAGAAAACAGACCUGAUCGGGUCUGAGGGAGCUUUGUCUACCGAUUUGCUUGGGAUGAACGAUGAGUGGCCUGUCGCAUGUCGCAAACAGCGCAACAAGAUUUUGGACGACACAACUAGGUUCACUAAAGGCUUGUUCUGGUUCAUUUCGACCGAUGAUUCUGUCCCAGUACGCGCUCCCAUUGACGACGAAGAAUACCGCCGAGCAUGGUCUCGAUUUGGAUACUGCCGAGACGAAUUUCCUGACAACCAUCACUUUCCAUACGACCUUUAUGUCCGUGAUGCUCGACGCAUGAUCUCGGACUACAUUAUCACCGAAGCCACUGCGUCUCGUGAUGGCGGGUCGGAACCUGUCAAAGAUGCCAUCGCGGUGGCCUACUGGCCAACGGACACACACAGCGUCCGCCGAAUCUUGCGAGAUGGCAAAGUGCACAAUGAGGGAUUCAUCUUUAAAGAUGGCCACAAGUGGCGGCCUUUCGGUAUUUCUUAUCGUGCACUUGUGCCAAAGAGAGAGCAGGCGGUCAACUUCAUAACGGUAACAUGCCCUAGUUCAUCGCAUGUUGGUUACGGUGCUGUUCGCUUGGAGCAUCAGUUCUAUGCCACGGGACAGGCUUGCGCAAACGCAGCCGAUAUUGCAAUUGCGCAGGGACUCGCAUUGCAAGAUGUUCCAUACGCAGAUUUGAAGACUCGUCUGGCUGAUCAAGGAGUAAUCACAGACGACACGUCAGUCGGAGCACCCUCGUUCCCGGAUGAGGCGCCGUUAUAA